AUGCAGGUUCUUGAGGCUUCGAGCCCCGGUGCGCUCGCGGGCCUACCAUCCACCUUGAGAACGGUGAUAGGCAACCCCACGACGUCACCGGCUAGCUUCGUCUCCUCCACCUCAUUCCCUACCCCGAUACAGAGUGACCCGUCACUUUCACAGCAUCAAAUCCAAGUGAAUUUACGGAAUGUCUUGUCUUCUUUGUCCAUGGAGUUGCGUCCCGAGCCCGCGCUUGCCGCCAGUGGCAAUUCAACCGGGUCAACCGGUAAAGGCAUACUGAUUGGGAUUCUCUCUGCGUUUGGGUCGGCCGCCGUCGCAUUUGUCGUUCUAGCGAUCUUCUUUUUCUUCAAAUAUACCCGCCGCGGUCGGAUUAUGCUCGAUCGCAUCGGCCGACCCGGUGAAUACGAUGACGAGCAAGCAUUCGCGCGCGAGGAAGAGGCGGCGCUAGAGUCAAUGGAUGACUUAGCCCGAUCGGAAUACUUGCGAGCAAAAGCUUUCGUACAAGGAAAUCCUCCCGAAUCCGUGCAGACCGAUAUCUCGCUAUCACAGUUCCUCGCAAUUCAGGAAAAGGGUGUGUCGGCAUGGGAAUUCCAGCCAGAGCUGGAGAUUGCAAACUGCUUUGUGGAAGCACGCACGGAAAUCGAGUUCUUUGACUCCGAGUGUAGUGUACAGACGAAUUUGCCACUCCCCAAGCAGAACGACGUUUACUACUGGGAAGCGAAGAUAUACGACAAGCCGGAGUCGACAAUGGUUGCUAUCGGUGUGACCACCAAACCCUAUCCUCUCUUCCGAAUGCCCGGCUUCCACAAGACCUCUGUUGCCUACCAAUCCACGGGGCAUCGCAGACUUAACCAACCAUUCACCCCAACCCCAUACGGCCCUCCAUUGCUCCAGGGCGAUGUCAUCGGUGUUGGCUACCGACCUCGAUCCGGCACCAUCUUUUUCACACGCAACGGCAAGAAACUCGAAGACGUCGCUCAUAAUUACCGCUCACAGAAUCUUUUCCCCACCAUUGGCGCCAACGGGCCUUGUACCGUGCAUGUGAACUUUGGGCAAAUGGGUUUUGUGUUCAUCGAAGGCAAUGUCAAAAAAUGGGGCUUGGCCCCUAUGACUGGCAGCCUGGCUCCGCCCCCACCCUAUGGCAGUGAGCAAGGCAGCAUUCUCCUUGAAUCGGGUCGCGAGAGUGCGGCUCAAAUUUCUCAGCGCGUAUACCAAAAUGCAAACUACGCGGCGUCAGGGUCAAGUGUUAGGAUCCCUCCGGCGCCUAGUCCCGGCCCUGCUCGAUCACCAACUGACAUUUCCCUGGCUCAGCUGAACCACAUUCCUUCCCAUGAAGAUGCUGGCGAGGGAUCCAGCCGGUAUACAAUGGGGGAUACAGAGGCGGAUGCUGCGGCAGCUUCAGGCAAUGAACCAGAGGCCCCUCCUCCAGAGUACUAUAGCCCCGACGGCAGUCGCCGGGCUAGUGAUGCCUCUCUUGAAUUCCCACCCAGGAAUGCUUCUGAGGAACCCAACUAUCCACAUGAUUCGGAGUCGGGUGGUCAAAACUUGCCAAGUUAUGAGACUGUGGUGGAGAGAGACUUGAAUGAACGAGAUUCAAGGGAGCAAUAA